AUGUUUUUAUUUGAUCAACAAUUAUCUAAAGCAGGCGGAGAUUUUGUAUGCUCAAGUUUUGACCUCCAGAAAGUCUUAAAUACACCCAUGGGUCCACACAUAAAUUUAUAUUACAGCCGUAAAUACAGUUAUUACAAUUGUUCUAUUUACGAGUCUGGUACAUACAAUGCGUAUGCUUAUUUGUGGGGUGAGAUUGACGGUUUACGUGGUUGCAAUGAAAUUGUGUCAUGUAUUUAUCAAUAUUUGUGGGAUUGCAAUAAAAAUCCAAAGUUUAAGUCGAUUUCCCUGUAUUGUGAUUCGUGUGCAGGCCAAAAUAAAAAUCGAGCUAUGUUAUUUAUGAUUAUGAGUGGUUUGAAAAAACAAUGUGCCGAUUUAACCGAGGUAAAAAUAGUUUUCUUACUCCCGGGACAUAGUUAUAUGCCAGUAGAUUCAAUUCAUGCGACGAUCGAACGCUUUAUUAAUGAUAAAACAAUUUGGGCACCUAGUGAAUGGCAUCCGCUUAUAAGGAACUCGAGGGUUAACCCAAAGUCAAUAAAGGUGAAAGAGCAACAAUUUCAAAACUUCCUAAAUUGGAAAAAAAAUGCUGAUGAAGUGCUGCCAAAAGUCCUAAAAGAUAAGGAAAAAAAUAUUGUAAAAACUUCCAAAAUUAAAUAUAUUAAUUUUUACAGAAAUCCAUUACAAAACGAUGACGUGAUACUUGAAGCAUUUUCUUCAUACAAUGCCGAUGCAAAAGGAUUUAUAAUAAACUAG